GAAUAAAUUCAAAUAAAAUAAUCAUACCUGUUCUUGUUAUAUCUAAAGCUGAUGAUGGUUCGGAUACUGAUGAAAAAACUAGUGAUGAUAUUAGUGACUACUUUGUUGAUGCUGAAGAAUGGACUCGUAAUUUUUUUAAUUUGGACAUUUUUUUAUUUCAUUAA